GACAUUGACAUUUCACACAAAAGAAAAGGUCGUACAGGUUCUGUUCUACAAUAAUGAUUUUUUGAUAAUAUCCUUUGAGAUUAGUUAGAAGUUUAUAAUUUAGUUAUAGAAAUGGUUACUAUAAUAAAGAACCAAUUAUUAAAACAUCUCUCAAGGUUUACAAAGAAUCUAUCACCCGAGCAGAUAUCCCUAUCCGCGCUCCGAGGCUCCGGCGAGCUGCAAGACCUGACCCUCGAUGAGGAUCUGCUGACAGACUUGCUGGAGUUGCCGGGAUGGCUGCGGCUGACGUCGGCUUCCUGCAACAAAGCUACCUUCCGGAUACAGUGGACGAAGCUGAAGACAGUGCCUAUUGUGCUGAAACUAGAUGAGGUCCGGAUAGCCUUAGAAGUAUGUACGGAACCCAGAGUAAUGAAUCCCGGCGCUGCGGGUGCCAUGCCUGCAGCUGGCAAAUACAGCUACAUUCAUAAGGUAAUAGACGGAAUCUCGGUGGUUGUGAAUCAAGUGCAAAUAGACUUCGCGUGUGACGCGUUCACAAGCAACGUACAGAUAUCCAGGGUGACGGUAGAAUCAAGGACGCCGGAGGGCCGACGGGGGGACCUAAGACUGACUAGGAUCAAGAACCCUGACACUGGACAACUACUAAUAUUUAAGGAGUUAGAAUGGCAGAGCGCUCGGAUAGAAGCCAAGCCACAUGGAGCGGCCGCGAAUUUACCACCACUGAGACUGUUACUGGGCAACACACACUGCCGAAUUGUGAUCAAAAAGCGGCUAGCGGAUUGCGCCGUGAUCGGUUCUCGCCUAGCCAUCCGACCUGAGCCGGUGGCGUGGGCGUUAACUGACGGUCAGCUCCGCGCGAUGCUAGCUUGCGCCGCGGCUUUGGCCGAGCCCGUGAAGCGAGCCACCGCCGCUGCCACCAGAGCCAAGGCUGCCAGAAAGGUAGAAGAGCCGCUGGAGCAGAUCCACAGCCGCUCGUCGUCGACCGAGCACGACAUCCUCGCGCGGAUGUUCGCGAAACACGACGUUCGGGAGACCUCCUACCAUUUGUUGGCGCCCAGGAUAGACCUGCAUCUAUGUGACGACCCUGGCUUGGGCCGAUCGGAACAUCCGUCCCUCUCUAACGGCGGCGCGCUGCAAGUUACUCUAGUGAGCAUGCAAGCCGACCUGUUCCCUUACCACAGAGCUUCCAACGAUCGAAGACAUUGGCGGGGUUACCGGGAAGCCGCCACACCUCACACCCAAUGGUUAUCGCAAGCCUUAUCGUCGUUUUGUGGGUCGCUAUUGGAACUUUUGGAUCCGAGACCCUUAACGCCUAGUAAUAAGCCCAGUCAAGUGGAGAAGAAGACCGAAGAGCCCGUGUCGAACGGCUUCAGUCACAAACCGACGCCCGCGCAAACUAGUGCUUCCACCGCUCCGUCCGCCAACACUACCUCACAAGCUUCUCCUACUAGAACGAGGAUUCUUCAGCAGCUGGGCAAGUUAAUGACCACGUGCCUCGUACUUAGGAUAGACGAUUUUACUGUUUACAAGGUGUCUACAAAAUCUCGAGAAGCGCCGCGUCCGUUAGUGUGCGCAGAGAAGUCGACAAUGCCGGGCGACGCCGGGUUACUACACGCUGAACUGACACAUUUCUACUAUCCUGGAGAUGUUAACUUUCCUGUCCCGGCGCCGAAGCUGUACGUGCAGCUGAGCCCGGUGCGCGUGCUCGUGGACGCGGCCAGCGCCGUGUGGCUGGGCGCCUUCCUGCCGCACGUGGCCAGGGCUGCUAGCGCGGCGGCCACCGCCGUCGGGGCUCCGAUAGAUGCGGCGGGACCCACAGCUAGUGGAACUGCUUAUUACGAUGUCCGAGCUGAAGCUAUAAUGCCUAGGAUAGUGCUAGAGGCGGGACCGGAACACAUACCUCAACAACGCGACCGGCCGAAAGAGCUCCACAUAUGCACCGCCAGAGCCAUGCUCACCAACGUACGGGAAUCGCCUAGAACCAACACGGCGGGCACGCGAGCGGACCUGGCGUCCAUCCUGGCGGCGCUGCGGAGGCUGGCGCCGCCGCGCGGCCAGUUCCCGUGCUCCGAGGGCGACCUGGAUCCUAUACAUGAACAGUUCGUGUUGCACGCCGAAAAUCUCGAUGACAUAGAUCGCGGAACAGCCAUAUCCCCCGAGCUGCUGUGGCGGGAGAACAGGAGCAUAUGGUGCUUGCGCGUGGAGCCGCUGUGGGCCGACCUGUGCGGCGCGCGCGCCACCGGCUACAAGCCGGCGCCGCUGCUCGACGCCUGCCCGCUCACGGCCUGGCUGUGCUUCAACGAGGACUUCUCCCGCAUCUGGGCAGUGGCUCGCACCACCGGCCUGGCCGGCCUGCAACUCAACCACUACCAGAUGCUCUUCCUACUGCGCCAACUGGAACGGGUCUCGGAGAUGACGGCAUGGCUGGCUCACGAUGCGGCUAGGCAACCUGAUGCUAGUGCAGGAUCAAUAGUUGUGGGUGUGGUGGUGCCAGCAGUGGAGCUGACGCUGGUUCUGCCCUCGAACUGCCCUGGACAGGAGUCUUCCAGAGACCUGGACAGUGUUCCUUUGGACUCCUCCAGCCUUCAGGAUAUGAAAAUGGGAUCUGAAGCGACAAUGGCGCCAUCUACACUAGUCGGCGAUAGCGGUAUCAUCAGCAGUACACAGCCCGUGGAGAUAUGCUCGGCGCAACCCCUUCCCGCCGAGGAGAUGCCACCACCCAGUCCGGGCCUUAGUUUUGGAGGUUUCUCAUCAAUGCGUCGCGGCCUAACGUCGCUAGUGACAUCUAUUGACAGCGCGUGGACGCGCGACGACGCGCGCAGCGACGCCGCCUCCACGGCAUCUUCUGACAGCGAACGCUACGUUGUCGUAGGUUUGGCUUGCGAGUCUCCUCUCGACGCGGAUCAGGCAUUCAGAGAAUUUGAACACGGGCGUAUGUCCACGACUGGUGUAGAGGUGGCGGCAGAAGUUUUGGAACGUUCCUCUUCGCCCAGCGACCAUUCUGUAACCAGUUCCUGUCGCCGGCGAGAUGUGAUAUCGACGUGCACUUGGCGCCUGCACGACAUCCACGCGGUGCACCAGAGCUGCGCCGGCGCCGCGCGCCUGCGCCUCGCCGCCGACGACCUGCGCACCGACGAGUGCGCCGCCAUACCCUGGGACGAGUUCCAGAACAAAUUCUCGAUGCGAGCGCGGGCCUGGACCGAGCCGGCCGUCGACGAGUGCGACUUGAAGCCUAGAGAUACUCCAAAAGUGGCCGCUAGGAUGACUAGAACCGAACUGCCGAGAGUUCCUGAUGAAAACGGUGUAACAUCAGGGCUGGCGCCAUGCGAGGAACUAUUAGAAGCUCGUGUUCGAGAACUGAGCAUAGCCCUCAACAUGAGCACGGCCCUGGCGCUCGCAGAGUUCAUUGAAGACGAGGUGCUUGUGCCGCCUAUGCCUUUGGAAGUAUUAAUAGAAAACGUGAAACUCCACCUAAUCGAGGACCGUCCAACCCGCUCCAUCUCGUCCCCUCCCCCGCAGCCGCUCGACGUCUUGCUCUCCGCGCUCCGCCUCGCGCGCGACCGGCGCGGCGGGCUGCGCCUCGGCCCGCCCGCGCCGGGCCCGGCCCCGUCCACCCCGCACCGACCCGAACUGGAGGAAGCGAGAGGGAAGAUAGACAGCUUGAGUAGAGAAAAUGAAGAGUUGAGAAAAAGGCUGAUGACUUUGGCUAGGAUUGCGGAGGAUAACAGAGAUUUGAGAGCUAAAGCGGAAGAGAUGUCGGUGCUACGUCAGUGCGUGCACACGGCGCAGCAGGAAGUCUCCAGCUUGCUGGCCGACAAGCAGGAGUUGCUGGAGGCCGUGCGAGUUUUGCAGGAGCAACUGGGGGUGCGCGGGAAGAGAUAGCGGUCCCGCGGCCGCGCCGGCGGCGACUCCUGCAGCCUCGACUGCACGCACUGCUGCGGCGACACCUAGCCACCACAAGGGUACUGCUCGCACUAGGCGGAACACAUAGCCACUAUACGACGGUCCUGCUCACACUAGGCGGAACACGUAGCCACACACCCGUCCUGCUCACACUAGGCGGAACACAUAGCCAUUACACGACGGUCCUGCUCACACUAGGCGGAACACAUAGCCACUACACGACGGUCCUGCUCACACUAGGCGGAACACAUAGCCAUUACACGACGGUCCUGCUCACACUAGGCGGAACAAAUAGUCACCACAAGUGCAACGGGUUUAGAUUUCCAGAACUUCUACAUAGGCCGGCCUCUGUAUUCGAGGGAGCGUCGAGAAUUUAAUGUACGAUUCUCACCGAUCGGCUGGAGUCGGGACGGGUCGGAACGCAUUUUCAAUGUACCUAUAAUGACCGUAGUUCUGUAGAAAGCGACCAACUUUUAUUUGUCAAAGUGACUUACACCUUAACACAGUAGCUUUGGUCGCUUUCUGCAUUGAUAAAGAAAUUGAGUUGGUCAUUUUCUGCAUAACUACAGUCAAAUUAUGUGUGGCCGAAGCGAUGGAAUCCGACCGGAGACGUCGGCGUCCACGGCUUGCGGCCAUACAAAUGUGAAAUACGCUACGACUUCGCUCGUUGGAUGGGAAUCGUAUUUAACCUUAAGACCAUGGAACUGAUGGAACGGUCGCUCGACUUUGAUGCCUUUUGCCUACCAUACAUUUAUAUGUUUGGUCAGUGUUUGGUGUCGAACUUCCAAGGGAUAUGAGCAGCACUAAGGCCGCUUAUAUAAGUUUGCAGGACACCGCGCCGGUCACCCGGCUCCCAUGCUCAAGCCAUUCAGUUCGCACGCCGAGAAGAAGGGAGCAUGAAAACUUAUGGGUACAUUAUUCCGCAGUCAGUUACAAUAAGUCAAAAGUUGUUACUAACUGUAAUGUAAAACUUCUGCUACACUCAUGAAGUACAUAAUUAUAUAAAGGAUAACACACGUUUUUCAAGUCAACAAUUUCUCGGCAUGUAACGCUCUAUAACGAAGAUCUUUGUCGAAAAAACAGUAUCAAAAAUUAAGUAUAAAUAUUUCAAUUAACAAUGGGAUUAAAAUUAAGAUACAUAAAAUGUCCCGAGUGAGAUUAACGCUAAUAAAACGUAUCGUAUUUAGAAAUAUAGAAUAACCAUUCCGUAGUUUGUAAGUGGACGAUGCUAUUCAGAAAGGACUCAAUGAAUUUUCGAAGUUUGAAUGUAAUUUUCUGUAUAACAUCAUUCACUUGGCUGAUUUAUAAAUUUUGGAUUGAAAUUUUGAGUAUUGACGUUUCAUCAGUAAAAUAUUAAUAUUCCUUUCCAAAGGACGAUAUACAUACUAUAUAUAUACGUAUAGAACUUAUUGCAGAGCAGAGAUCCAAAAAGCAGAAUAAUUGGCAAAAAAUGUAGACAGUUGAAACAAUGGGGAAAAGUAUGAAAUUGUAGUUAAAUACUUAUAUCCUCUAGCCGCCCAGAGACCUAUAAAAAGGUCUCCUGUUCCAUUCUAAUUUGAACUUUGUGUUGACAAAAUAAAAUUUCAUUUUUCUUGGCAAGGUUUGACGUAUGGGCGGCUAGAGGAUAUUAAUGUGAAAUAUGGUGACUCCAGUUUGAGGUUAAUGUUAGGAGCAUUGUGCCUACAUCUUUGCGUUUUUUCUGCUGCAUUUUGGACCUGAAAUCAGUAUUCAUCGUGAGCCAACAAAAAAAUCUUAAUAGUGAUGCCAUUGUUUUUACAAUCUAUAACCGUCAAACGUGUGUGGCAUGUUAGUCAUUAUAUUAAUUAUCAAAAUAUGGUGUUUAUCAAAUAUCGGUCGAGGUUAGCAAAUGUGAUCGCAGAUAUUUUAUACUUGCGUACUUAUAGCGUGCAUUUAUUAUUGAAAAGUACUUUAAUGUUACAAUGCGAGAGUUUCAGAAAUAGCGGA